ACUUUGUAUCGGGUCUAGGUUAUCGAAAGCAACAAAACAUGUCCUUAACAUUUUGAAAUUUAAAUGCAUUUUAAAUAUAAAUUAACAUUUUAAAGUUAAAUUAGAAUCAUUCAAAUGGAUUUUGAUGACUAUAGCUUGGAAGAAGACAUUAUUGAGCCAGAUUAUGAAUUCAUAACAAAGGAAGGGAAAGAAAUAGCUCCAAUGCAACCAACUAUUAUUGAUCCAGUUACCCAUUAUGUUUGUCUUGAAGGAUCGGCUAAUGCACUGGCUACUAAUAAAGAAGCUAGUCAAGUUGUGGUGGCUGGAAGAAAUGUUUUUAAAAUCUUCAAUGUGGAAGCUAAUAAGUUUGUGGAAAAGUUGAACCUUCGAAUCGGGAAGAAUGUUGAUCUAAGUUACAGCUGUGCGGAUGUUGUCUGGAAUCCAGUUGAUAAUGCUGUUCUUGCUACUGCUGCUACUAAUGGCUCUGUUGUUACUUGGAACUUGAAUUCUCUUCAGAAACAAGAUAUGAAGUUCCAAGAUCAUAAAAGGACAGUAAAUAAAGUUUGUUUUCAUACAACUGAGGCUCAACUACUUUUAAGCGGUUCACAAGAUGGCACCAUGAAGUUGUUUGAUUUGAGGAAAAAAGAAGUAUCCAGCACUUUCUAUAGUUUAUCUGAAAGUGUGAGAGAUGUCCAGUUUUGUCCUCAUCAGUAUUUUUCUUUUGCUGCUGUUCAAGAAAAUGGAUAUGUCCAGCUGUGGGAUCUUCGAAGAACCGAUAGAUUUGAACGCCAGUUUGCUGCUCACAGUGGUCCUGUGUUCACGUGUGAUUGGCAUCCAGAUGAAAAACUGUGGCUUGCUACUGCUGGUAGAGAUAAAACUAUUAAAGUUUGGGAUAUAUCUCAUAAAGAAUCUUUACAGUAUUGUAUACAGACUAUAGCUUCUGUAUCUAGAGUAAAAUGGCGUCCCAAUAAAAAGUACCAUAUCGGGAGUAGCUCAUUGGUUGUUGAUUUUACUGUUAAUGUGUGGGAUGUCAGGAGGCCUUUUGUUCCUUUGGCUUCAUUUUGCAAACAUAAAGAUGUUGUUACAGGUUUUGCAUGGCGAUCUCCUAAACUUUUGCUAACUACCAGUAAAGACUGCAAACUCUUUCAACACUCCUUCACUGACGCAGACAAGCCAGCAGACCGUGCAAACCCCGUUGGUCUUAACAUUGACCCGUGGGGUGACAUUGGAUAUGCCUUCAAUAAAAAUAACCUGAAGGAGACGACCAUAAGUGUGAAAGGAUAUCCUAAUUUUUCAGUUUCAAAAAUACUACCAUCUGGAAGAAAGUCGUCUAGUGCUCAUGAUAGAUAUAAAACAUGUUUGAGUGCAUUAGUGAUUCUUGAAGAUCAGAAGCAGCAGGUCAUGUCCAUGAAAUGGUUUGUUGAAACAGCCAAAAGGUACUUGUUGCAUGGGAAACCUUUACCUGAUUUGUGUGAACAUAAUGCAAAUGUUGCUUCGCAAUUGAAUCGACCACAUAUUUCUCAAACAUGGUUGAUUUUGAAGCUGCUUUACACUUCAGGAUCAAUGCUUUUGACUGAAUAUUCACAUGUAGCUUCUCAAGAUGACAAAGCUCUUGAGAGCUCACUAGAGAGUUCCCAAAAACCCAGAGUUAACAAUGGAGUUCCCUACCGCAGCCAUCCCAACAGCAGCAAACCGGUCAGUCGGCACGUGAGCGGAGGCAGCCAUGCCACCAUUGAAAGAGGGAUCAAUGACAAUCUCGAGGAUGAUUCCGAUUCAGGAAAUACCGAGCACGAAAACACCAUCACCUACAUAGCCAGUGAACUUACUCAGGGCGACUUCUUCUUCGGUGAUGGCGAAGCGGAAUUGUUCCGCAUGUUGGAUUAUUCCCAAUUCUCGACUCUGCCUGCGGAUGAAGACUGGACUUUACCCAGAGAAGCUUUCAAUGUCCGCCAUCGUCUGGGUGAUGGUUCACCUCCUCCUGAAGUGGCUAACAUGCCUAACUCACCCCUCUGCGCUGCGGAAGAGAUAUCUGAGAGAGAAUUUUCCAUGAAUGAAGAAGAAGAACAAAGUAUGAUGCUAGCUUUAUUCAACGCUCCUCGCUUCCCACCUUGGAAUUUCACUGAUAUAGUUGUUGAUAUGCUCCAGUUUUAUGCUGAACAGGGUGAUGUACAAAUGGCUGUCUCGGUGUUGAUUGUUCUUGGUGAGAAGUUGAAAUACAUUGUAAAAGAAAGUUUGCAGGAGCAAUGGUUUCAGUCUUAUUUAGAACUUUUAAGUCGCUUCAAGCUGUGGAAUAUUUCCAAUGAAGUAAUAGCCUUGAGUAGCUUACCAGCUAUUAACUCAUUAAACCAACAGUCCACAAUAGUCAAUUCAAUUUGUGGAAAAUGCGGCAAAUUCAUGAAUUCUGUUGGUUGGUACUGUGAUAAUUGUAAAGAAACUAACGUUUGCAGUGUGUGUCAUCAACUUGUUCGUGGAAUAUUUGUGUGGUGCCAAGGAUGCGCUCAUGGAGGACAUUUAUUACAUAUUCAAGAGUGGUUUCAAAAGAACAAGAAAUGUCCUGUUGGUUGUGGACAUUUAUGUGAAUAUACAUAAUAAAGUGCUAAAAAAAUUUUUAUGUACAUAUAUAAAUUAUAAACUAUUAUUUAUUUUGAAACAACUUUCACUGCUAUGACAAAUAUUUUGUAUACAAAUGUAAUAUUAAAUCUUUAUAAGAUGACAUAUCAAUUUUUUUAAAUUUGCUAUAAGUGCCAUUAUUUUUUUUUCUACGAUGAAAUUAAACAAUUCUCCUAAUGACGGUUUUUUGUUAAAUACUUUUUCUUCCAAUUAUACUUUAUUUUUAGAUUCAUUUUUUAAUGUGAUUAUUGAUAUUUGAAUGUGAAUGUUGUUUUAAUACUUUGUGCCUUGAUGUGAAUUAUAUUAAUUUCAUGAAAGGGCGUGUAAUUGAUCUAAAAUGGUUGCGAAAUGAAUCUGAUAAUAAUCUGAAAUCUUACUUUAGAGAAAUGGAAACAUAAUUUCUUUUAUCAAAUGAAUGUCAUGACAAAUAAUAUGAAUGUCAUAAUAAGUAUUUUCUGUAUGACAUUCGUCAUGAUGUAUGUCAAAUGUCAUUCAUAAAAUGCUUGUAUGACAAUAAAUAUUUCAUUAAGAAUUACUUAAUCUUAGUACAUAACGUUUUCGUUAUUCUUGCAUAGAAUAAUUAUUAUUCUAAUGCAAAUUAAGAAGAAUGCUGUGAUUGUCUUUUAAAAUGUAUCUUUUUUCUGAUUGAGAUUGAUAAUUUUUCUUCAAUUCACAUAUUAUUCUUAAAUUAGUUGAAAAAAGGAAUUCCAAGAAAUUAAUUGUAUGAAUAUUCAAUUAUAUAAAACUCUUCAAAUCCCUUUCUAAUAGUAAAAUCUUUGACUUCUUUGCUGUAGUUCAAAUUUAAGUUUAGUUUGCUUAACUUAAUAGUGUAUAUGGGAUGUAAUAAAACUAAUGGUCAAAGUAAUAGCUGGUAUAUAACUUGCUAAAAUAAAUGACUUUCACCAUACAAUGUGGAGUCUAAAAGCAACGGGCGAGCUGUUAGAGAUCACCUGCAUGGUGAAAAUGGAAAAGAAUCUAUAUUAUUGAAAACUUUAUUGCAAAUAAGUGACCGCCAGCUCUAAUGCUGAUUCUCACGUCAAUAUCCACUCACCUUGUAAACAAGUCUUAAAAGAUUGGUUAGAGAAAAAGCAAAGUUUCGGCAAGGCAUAGGAAGAGGCCAUGAGAUGGGCUCAUUAUGGUCAAUUUAUCAAUUAUUAAGGGAGUACUCUAAUAACAUCUUUGAGCAAGCACUUUCUUCUGUGUUGUCCUUUGCUUUCUGAGCUUGCAUUGUCAAAUCAAAGUUUCUGUUUGUUACUAAAAAUAAUUUCUUUGAAAGUUCUAUCAUUCAUUACAGUUGCAACCAUUAGUUUUGUUACGCCCAGUACAUUGUAUUAUUAAUGCAAAUUCGAGUGUCAUAAGAGAUUUUUAAGAAAUCAGUAUGUAUCAAUUAAUUAAGAGAUAACUAUGAAUAAAUCAAGAAUUUCCUCAUUGAAAACUGGAUUAACAAACUAUUCUGUUUUUUAAAAAAAUUUAUAAUUAAUAAUUUAAAUAAAAUCUGAAAUGUUUGCCUUCAGCAGAUUGGGCUUUCCUUUAUUAGCCAAAAACGAAAUUUUAUUUUAUUCAUCAAAGACGCAUUAAUUUUCUUGAAUUUUUUUUUUAAAUAUUGUUUGUUUUAUGUGAUUAGUUAAUUUGGAUGAGAAAGCAAAAUUCUUUAGCAAUUAUGUGUUGUUUUUCCUCUAUAAGCAUAAUGUUAGCUGAGAAAGGAAAAUCAAGAAAUAAGAUUUUUUUUUUUUCAUUUCUUUUUCUCAAGAACAGCUUGAUGUCCAAUUAAAUGUUCGAUUUGCUCAUGAAACUUGCUUGUAUAAAAGCUGUUAAAAAAUUGCAUUAAUAAAAAAUGUUUCUCUUAUUAAAAAUUACUUUUUGCAAUCAGAUUGCAGCUUAUCUUCCUAUUCAAAGAGAUGAAGUGUCAGAAUCUACCAGG